UAGCACAGGUUCGUCGUGCUUGUCAAAUUUCCACGAGGACCGUGUUGCAUGUUAGGCUCCGUACCGCUAAAGUAAAGAGGUUCGCCGGAGAAGCUCAAUUCAUCAAGCUAUCUAAAACCCCCGUACGUGAUUCAACUGAAGCACCGUAUCUUUUAUAACGCCGUCUGAAAGAAAGAGGGAAAAGGGAACAUGUGUAGCCAAGCGGUGUAUGCUGUAGCUGUAACUCUUCUGUUACACGUUACGCCUAUUGCGUCCCAGGUAGCACCGGGCGUAGACCAGUCAGAUGGCGACUGUGGCGGGACUCUGGACACUAUGUCCGGAGACUUGACCAUCACUUCUCCGUCCUACCCAUCGCGGUACCCGCCCAACAAGCUGUGCGUGUGGCACGUAACGGCCACAGCUUCAAAGAUCGUCGUCAUCACCUUCCCGGUAUUCAAUGUGCGCUGCCGAGACUUCGUGGACGUCUUCGACGGGGGAGAAGGUAGCACCAAGCUGAUUGAGUCCUUCUGUAGAGUCCGAGACGGAAGAGGCUUGAGAACAACGUCCAAUGAGAUGACUGUAGUCUUCAAGAGCAAUGCCCGGAAAAACAGUGUAGGCUUCACUGCGACCAUUUCGGAAGUGGACCCAUAUGGAACAUGUGGAAGUCCAACUAUAGCCAGAAUACCGGCACCGAGUAGAAUAGUCGGGGGAAACACUGCACAACAAGGGAGCUGGCCAUGGCAGGCACUCGUCAUAGGUUGGGGUUCUACUCCUGGGACCGGUACCUAUUACUUGUGCGGCGGAACACUUGUGGACUCGGAAUGGGUGGUAACGGCGGCACACUGCAUUGUUGACCAGACUCGUACCAUCGAAGUCACUCUAGGAGAACACUACCGAUACUCCACGGAUGGUAGAGAGGUGUCAAGAUUUGCGUCUCAAACAUUUACCCACCCCAACUAUAAUUCUGACCAUCAGAGCGAUAUAGGCUUGAUAAAGUUGGCUUCUCCAGUGACGUUCAACGACUACAUCAUGCCUGCUUGCCUGCCGUCAUCCUCGGACGUUCUUCCCGCAAGAACAAUGGUGUCAGUGAGUGGUUGGGGGAUCACCUCUACUGGGGGCUUCACUGCAUCGUAUCUCCAGCAGAUGGACGUACCCAUCGUCUCGGAUGCCAACUGCCAAGAGAUAUGGGGGAGUGUGGUGGAUAUCAGCGUCGACAUCUGUGCCGGUUACGUCAGACAAGGCGGCAUAGAUUCCUGUUCAGGUGACAGCGGCGGCCCCCUAGUGAGCAGAUCUCCAACUACAGGUGCCUGGGUGCUGCAUGGGUCGGUCAGCAGGGGUUACCCAUGUGCUAACCCUUACUAUAUCACCAUCUACGCUCGUGUAACGGGGCUAGUCGACUGGCUGACUACAACCAUGGCGCAGAACUCAAUGACAAUGUGAAUUCCAAAACACCUAGUAUAAUACUAGUUUACCUUUAACCACGGGGUAGCCUAUAUCCGUUAUCAUCAAAAACAGGGCCAAGUCGACGAACGGUGGUUAACGUUUCAAAUUGCAAUAUUUUGAAAAUGUUGCAUUUUGACAACUUAUCCGCCUACUUCAUAUUCCUACACGCCCCGUUUAAAAGGGAUAUAGGUUACCCCGCGUAUUAAGGUCAACUGAUGUGAUACAUUUUAUCAUUUAUUGAUAGACUUCGAAAAA